AUGGAAAAAGAUCAUGCCUAUACCAACACUUUAUGGACAAAACUUCGCUUUGUUUUCAUUGAUUUAUGUAAUAAAAAAGCAAUUUACGAUUUAACGCCGAAAUCUUUUGAAUUAUUACAGAAAAUCAUGGCUAUGGAAGACUUUGAGAAGCAUAUUGGUAAGAAUAUGGUUCUUUCUAUCUUUCCAUCAUUAAAAUAUAAAUAUCAGAUGCAAAAUCUAGGAGAUCAACCAGUAAAACUAUUAAAAAUACAAGAACCAACUAUGUCUUCGCGAGAUUCUGUAAGAAAAACAAUACGAAAGAGCUUAGAAUUUCCAACAGAUAAAAUUCCUCGAAAUUGUAAGAUACCAACAGACUUCAAUAGGCGAUCAAGCAGAUCAAAUUCAAGUAAAAGUGAUAAUUCAUCUACAAAUGGAUCCAUAUCUAAAUUCGAUUAUGAAAAAUUUAAUCAUAGAAAGCGAACUAGAAUAGAUAGAGAGCAAUUUGAUACAAUACGAAAGAAAACAUCUGCAUGGAACCUAGGAAAUGACAUUCAUAAUGAAACAGAUGCCCUUGCUUACGUUGCAUCAACAGAUCCUGAUCAAGAUGACAUCCAAUUCCAUUUCGGAAAAGCACAAAGCAAUGUGAACAGAUACCAAAUGUCAAUUUACAGUCAACUCCCAAACGAACACGAAUUUGAGACAAUUACAAAAAGAGGAGUUUUUUCAGCCAGAAAUGGAGGUGAAUCAGAAUUUGUACCAAUAGAUGAAUUCAUUGAAAGUAAAACAGAUUACGAAAUGGUCCAUCAGCUUCAAUUCUUUACUUCUUUCAAAGUUAAUAAAUUAUUUAUGAAAUGGAAGCUGAUGUACUUCAAAAGAUCAUUUAAAUCAAAGCUUGCAAAGUUUAAUGAAAUAUGCUACUCAACAAAACCUGUUUUUCCUGUUGUAAUUUCGGAAUUUCGAAAAGAAUUGUUUUCAUUAAAAAAUUACCAAGUAUUUCCUAUAAGAGAUGAUGGAAAUGUAGGAUAUGAUGACCAAAUACAAACUUUUAAGGAGAUAUUUUUGAAUUUUUCUCAAAAAUCAAAUGAAAUUUCUGACAAAAUGCUUUUUGCACUUCUUGAAUUCGCAAAAAGACUAAACAAAGAAUAUAAAGAACUCGUGACCCAAGAAACAGCGAGUUUUCUGAACGAUGACAAAAUUCCAUCUGAUUUGUAUUACAUAAACAAAGUUCCUAACAAAAAGAGCCUCGGAAUACGUGAAGAAAGGGAACUAAAGGCUAAAUACAAACAGUUACUUGCUUAUUAUCAAUUAGAAAUUUCCCAAAUUCCGAAUUUUUUUAAGUUCCUUGACAAAAUGAUCACAUCUUUCUUCCUUCAGAUGUUUCAAGACCAGUUCCAUUAUUUCUCCAACAUUUUCAUUGAAUCCUCCCAUCAAAUGAAAUUAAAUAUAAUAUUAGACUACAAUGAUCAUGAUAUUGUAUUCAAACCAUCACUAGAAGAAGCACAAGCACUCGUUAAUGACCAUAUCAACAAUCUGCUUGAUAAUCUAAUGACUUUUAUCCGACCAAUUCGAAUUGAUCAGAGUGGAUCCGAGAAACUCAAAGAAUUAUCAGAUAAAUCGAGAACAAUAGCCGAUAUAAUACAAUCUGAUGCCAAGUUCUCCAAAGAUUUAGAAGGAAUUAUGAAUGUAAUGAAAUUAUCUUUCAAAAAAGCCAAUGAAACAUACAAUUGUUACCGUCCUUCAGCUGUUACAAUAGCGCAGUUCAGAUAUAAGUGGCCGAAAAUGAAAAACGACACUUCCGAUCCAACAAUUUUUAUUACGAAUCUUUCGAAAUUGACGGAAAUACAAUCCAAAGUUCAAGGAUUCAAGAAUAUCUAUGAAUUCGACUUGUUAAGAGUUGAUUGUCGUAAUUUAAGAACUUUUAUAUUGAAUUUUGUUGAAAAAACAAUUGAAGAAAACAACAAAAUUUUAUUUACUGAAUUUGAAAACAUUUGUACUAGUUUUGUAAGAGAUGUCUAUACUAUAAUGGAAACAAUGACAUUAUCUAAUGAUACUCUUGAAGGAGCAGCUGCUUUCGCGCAAAACAUGACAAUUGCGAAAUCAAAAAUUCCUCAAUUUCAAAAAACAUUUUACAUAAUAAAUUCAAUUUACAACAGAGCAUUGACACAUGCAUCAAUGCUUAUUCCUGUUCUCAUUAUACAUUUGAAGUCCGUUAAAACAGCAAACGAAAGAUUGGAAAGAGCUUUCGAAACAGGCGAAAAUCAAAUGAGAGAAAAUUCUCUAAAAUCAAAAGAAAUGAUCGGCCAAAGACAAAAAGUGCUUGAAGAAAGAUUAGAACAACUUGAUAGACAAAUGAGAACACAGUUCGGAUCAUUCGAAUCCAAUAUUUCCGCUGAAACUGCUAUGAAUGAUUUGAAAAAAGUUAUUGAAAAAACUGACAAUUUACAAGAAGAUGUCAAUUUAUUUGUUGUUUUAGCGAACAAGCUGAAUUACAAUGAAUAUGAUUUCAGUGAAAUCAAAACUAUAAGAGAUAAGUUAUCAAAUGAAUUGGAACAAUGGAAAACUUACUCAGAAUUCAUGCAAAAUAUCAAUGUUUAUUAUGAUUCUCCUGUAAAAGAAAUAAAUUACAGAGGAUUGAUACAAUUCUUGAAUAAUAAUAGUGAAAGAGAACUAAGAUCAAAGAAACAUCCUUUGUUCGAUAAAAUGGCAAAUAGUUUCAGUUUUUUAUAUCAAUAUUUGUCACUUUUUAAGUCAUUUUCUAAAUUAAUUUUUGAUCAAAACCAAUGGGAAAUGGCCUUCAAAAUAUUGUUUACUAAGAAUGAUAAUACAUUGACAUUGCGGAAAUUCUUGAAUCCAAUGUUAUUGAAUUAUAUUGAUGACUUGAAUAUUUUCAUAAUGAAUCAGUUAGAAAAAGCAGAUUUAAAUCAAACUUUCGAUCGUUAUAUCUUCAACAUGAAGAACUUGAAGUUUGUUUUGUUCGAUUCGAAGAGAUUGAACACAAAAGUAAUCUCUUUCCCUGCAAUCUAUGAAGCACAAAAUACUUGUGAAGACUUCUUAGUUUAUUUGAAUUCUCUGAAAAAUUCAACUUUCUUUACAACUAUUGAAAAACAGAUAAUUUAUUGGGAUAUAAAAAUCAAAGAUAUCAUCAAAAUACUGGAUUAUAUCAUUGAUUUCCAAACACAGUAUAUAUCUUUGUCUGCUGCUACGACAUCUACUUUUUGUUCAUUGCAUUAUGUCAAUGAAUUUAAUUUGAAACAUUUUGUUGAUGAAUUUUUCAGAAAUUUCAUAAAGCAAAUUGAAUAUAAUCCAUCAAUUCUCAGUUUCACUUCUAAACUGGAUCCUGAGAAUCCUAUAACUGAUUUAACUAAUAAAAGGAAACACACAAUCAAAGAUAUCAUUAGCAUGAAACAAUCUGCUUUGCAACCAUUGAUUUCGAAUAAAAUUAAUGAACCAAUUUGCAAAGAAAACAAUUUGACAUUGAACGGAGAUUUGUUGUUAAAAUGCUUGAAAGAAGCUGAAAAUAGAAGUCGUCAUUUACUUUCUAAAAUGGGAUAUAUCAUUGACCAAAUGAGAAACCAAUAUCCAAGGUUGUUUUUGUGCAAUGAUGAAUCAGUUAUAAGAAUAAUUUUGGCAUGCGGAAAUGUUAAUUGUUUAGUUGAUGAUUUUUUGCCUGUUUUCCCUUCUUUGAGUCGUUUCCAAUGCAAUGGAAAUACUAUUAUGGGAGCAAUCUCAACGCGUGGAGAGAUGCUACAGUUUAGAAACGAUUUCAUGGUGGAAAAUAUUUCUCCAAUCGAAAUUUUAAAGAGAACAGAAUAUGAAAUGAAAAUUGCUGUGAAAGCUUCGAUUUUUGAAGCACUCCCUGCACAUGAUUUCACUACUCCUAGUCAGUGGAUCAUGAGAUAUAACAGUCAAGCGUUAGUUAUUGCUGAAUCAAUUUAUUUUUCAAGACAAAUUAAUUCUAUUUUGUCAAAAACUUCGGAAAAAAGAGAAUGGAAAGAAAUAUUUGAGAAAAAUCAAAAGAUGCUUCAAGAUAUUUGUAGUAAUAUCGAAUCAUCUCCUUCUAAAUGUCAGUCAUUGUCUGUUUUGGCUGCAUUAAAAAUCAGACAAAUUGAAAUUUUGAAAGAAAUCAAAAAAGAUGAUAAUUUUUCCAUCGAAAACUUUUCAUGGCAAAGGCAUCCAUCACAUUUCGUAACAAGCGAACGUGGUGAUGAAUACAUUAAUAUCAAAUGUGGAACAUUCACGUUCAGAUAUGGUUGCGAAAUGAUAAGUGAACCUGAUUUUUGGCCAAUGACAAAUUCAGAAGAAGAAUUUUUCAUUGCGAUUGCAAGUUCAAUGAAACAACCUGAGAUAUCAAUGAUCAAACAAAUGACAGGUAACAGAUACCUCGUUAAAGCAUUCAGUGAUUUCGCUGGCUUGCCUUAUUACAAUGUUGAGAAACUCAACAACCAAAUUUUGACAGCUUUGUUUAAAUUGAAAUGUGUCAUAAAUGUCAUUGAUAUGAAACAAAUUCCGAACUCAUUCCCAAGCUUUUAUGGAAUAUUGGAGAACAGAAACCAAAUCCUUAAAUGUGAAAAUAAUUUCACUAAAAUCGAUUUCGAUAAUUGGAAUUCUUUGAUAUCGAUAAAUCAAACUGAAAUUCCUUCUUGGAUUAGAAAAAGACUCCGACCAAUUUACGUCAAUGAAAUAAAUCCAAAUGAUUUGAUGCAAAAACUCAGCAAAAUAAGACCAAAUAUCAAAAUACCAAUGAAUAUCGGAUUUGAUUACCUCGAGAAAACAAUCAAACUCCAUAACUUCAAACAAAUACUUAAUAACAACAAUUCAGAAACAAAUUCAAAUACAGUUCAAUUUUUCUGUUGGUUUGAUAUUUCUGAAUUUAUUUUGACAAAUAAAAUUGUCACUUUUAAGAAUGCGACAUCAUUCCACAUUCCUACAACAUUGAACAAGAAAAUUGAUGAACUGACAACAAUAUUUGAUAGAUACGAUUCAUUCGAAUAUCAUUCACAAGUUCCUUAUUUCCCACAAAUAGAAUACAACACAAAAAUUGACAUCAUUAAUUUUGACACAAAAUUGUUGAUUUUGACAAUUUUAUCAGCAUUGAAAGACAAAAUUGACAUUGCAACAAUGGAAUUAAUUGAUGUCAAUGAAGACAUGACAGUUCUGAAAAUUGUUGGUGUUCGACCAAUUUUCAUUCGCUUGUUUAAAGCUGAUAAACAAAAUCAAAAACCAAAUGCAUGGUUAUCUCCUGUUUUACAACCGAUUGAUAUCAUUAAAAUGGCUUUGCAGAACCAAGAUCUCGUUGAACAAAUCAAAGUUUUGGAGCCAUUAAUCACUGUUUUCCAAUCAAAUGCUGCUGAAACUUAUUUCGAUCCAUUAAAUAUUUCACUUUCAAAAUUGGCAAUUUUAAGAUCAGUUAUCAAUGUUAAAAAGAAGCCAAUUUUGGAGGCAAUUGACACUGUUUUCCACAACAAAGAACCAAUUGACCAAAAAUUCGAAAUACAAACAGCUUUGUCAGAAUUCAAACCGAUAGUUAUCGUUGGUGACGAUAAAAAUUGGAGAAAAGAAACUCUCAAAAAUUUGAUUAAUUCAAAUACGAAACAAAGUGAUUUUGUUUUGUUUUCUUCUUCGUUUAAUGAGUUCCUUGAUAUUCCUUUGUGUAUCAAAUACGAGAAUAUCACAAAGAACAUCUAUAGACCUUGUUUCGAUGGUGAAACUUAUCUUUGUUUGUCUGAUUAUCAAAAUUCUUCAGAUUUCAUUCAAAAUUUUGUCACUUCACUUUUUGUUUUUAAUUGUGUUAAUUCAAAAAGUUAUGGAAAAUACAUUAGAAUGACAAAAAUACACUUGAUCAUUACAACAUCACAGAUAUCUGACUUCGUAAAUAUCGGAAGAUCUUAUUUCCCAAUUUUACAACCACAAAAUGUCACUUUUCAGAAUAAUGUCACUUUUUCAAAUUCAAUUAAUGUUGACAUUUUAAACAAAAUCACUGAAUAUUCAACAGAACACAAAAUGGAACAAAAAUUAAUUGAAUUUCAAGAGAAAACAAAAAAUGUUAAUGAAGUUUGUCUCUUUUUAUCAUUGGCUUCUCUUUUCUUUGGUAUGGAAAUACUUGAUUUCAUUACAGAUAUUCCAGCAUCUACUGUUAAGAAAUAUAUCUUAGCAAAGGGAUAUAAUUUCGACUGGAUUCCUUUCAAGUUUUAUUCAGGAAUUUUGAAUAUAAUUGUUGAAAAUCAUUUGAAUGCAAUUUUGGUCGGCCACAAUUCACUUGAUGUUUAUCCUAUUUCCAAAAUCGAGAAUGUCAAUUUUGUCAUUUUAGAGAAGAGAUUCAGAUCUCAGAUCUUCAAAGAAUUCGUAAAUAUUGGGGAAACAAAAAGAAAAACAGUUUUUAUUUUGGAUUUGAAUAUUGUUGAUUGCGAAGAAGUUUAUGAUUUAUUUGACUUCUUUUUCUAUCAAAAUGACAUAUUCGAUCAGACAUCUUUUAUUAGUCAAACUGACAUCAAGAUUUUGCAGCAUUAUUUCCCAUCAGAAAAUGCAAUUUCUGAAAUGUCUAAAUUCAUUAAUUUCUUUUUGAUUUGUAAACAAAAUCAAAUCGAAAACAUUCCAAAAGAAUUCCUUGACAAGAUGGUAAUUGUUGAAAGCAAAUACAAUGUCAAAGAACUGAUACCAAAGACAGAUUUCCAUUACGAAGAAACUGCUCUAUUUGCUCCUUAUUUAUCAAUUUCUUCAGAUGAAUUUGAAGAAAUUGUUAAAAAACGAAUCAAUUAUUUUAGAGAGCAAUAUUCAAAUGUCGCUUUGAGUUUGUCUAAUAUUAUUGAUUUUGUUGAGAUCUACACUAAUUUAAGACCAGUGAUUAAUAAUAUAAAUCAUGGUAUUACAAUGACAGAAUCGAAUGAAAAAGAAUUAUUUGCAAGAAUUGACAAAAUUUUGGCAAAAAUUGAUGAUUUAGAAACAAGAGUACAUAAAGGAAACGAAGAACUCAAAGCAAAGAUUAACCAACUACAGCUGUUGCAGGCGAAGAUACACGUGCAAAUUCCAAAUGAUAUAUCUACAGCAAAAGCAGCAAUUUCUUCUUAUUCGAUGGAUGAACAAAUCCAAAUGAUUUCUAAUUGGAUUUCAAAGAAAGAUGAAUUCCAGAAUUAUGCCUUGAUAUUUAGAGAUAUAUUUGGAUAUACAACACUUGCAAAUCUCAUUGAAUCUCAACUAGAUAGUAAGAAUUGUAAUUUGUGUCUUUCAAUUUUGAAUUUUGAUUUGGAAAGUCAAAAUGAAUCAUUGUUAUUCUCUAAACUUGAGAAAUAUGGAUUAUUCGAAGAUGCUCCUCCUGAUUCACCACUUAGAAAACUAUUAACAGAAUCAUUGAUAUCAUCUAUUCCAUUAAUUAAUGUUUUCUUGACAUGGUUAAAGAUCAUUGUUAAUUAUUAUAAAUGGAAUACAGAAAUUGGAGAUUUAAGUCUUGAAAUCGGCGAAAUCCAGGCAAAAAGAGAAUCAACAAUGCAGCAAAUUGAUGAAUUGAAGAAAGAAAAUGAAGAUCUAAAUGAAAAAUUGAAGAUGAAAGAGAACAAAGAUAGUUGUCCAACAUGGUUAUUAAGUGCUUACAACAAUGAUGCAUCAGAAGUCUAUAAAAUGUUGGAAACAACUGAACAAUUAAUGAAAGAUAUUUCUAAGUUCGGUGAAUUCUUAAAUGAUACUGAACAUUCCUUGAAACAAUAUAGUUUCGUUAUAACUGCCUUUGAAUAUGGAUUUGGUGCAAUAAAACGUGAAGAAAGAAUGAAAAUUUAUGAACAAUUAAAUUUAAAUGGUUUGCAAAAUCCAUUUGAAUUAAUCAAGCAACCAUUGGACUUCGAGAUUAUCUAUCCAAUAAUUUCUUAUAUCCAUUUGUUUACUCCAAGUUUAUGUGAUACACAAAUGCUUGAGAAUUCUCUUUCAUACAAAACAUCGAUUCCUUUUUCAACAACAGCAAUUUUUGACAUUUUGUUUUGUUUGAGAAUUUUUCCAUCGAAAAACAAUUUUAUUGAUGAAAACAAUUAUCCUAAGCCUAACUAUCCAUCGCCAAGAAAGAUCUACUAUGAUCCUUUGGAUAUCAUGACUCAAUCAAUCAUUUCUACACACAACAAAGUACAAAGUUGUUUCACAUCUUCUUUGGAAAAUUGUUGUGAAAUGUAUGCGAAAUGUAUGUCAGAUAAUUCUCCUUUGAUUGUAUUUUUGGAUGACAGGAAAUCAUCAACAGAUUUCUUUGUUUUCAUUGAUUACUUGCAAUUACAAAUCGAUUGCAAUGGAAGAUUUACUUUCCAAGACCAAAUCCUCAAGAGUUGUGAAAAUCCUGAGAUAUUUUUGAUCACAAAAACUCUUAAUGUUGAUUUCACAAACUGUUCAUUGAUAAAUUGUGAUGUUGACAAUGUUGAACACACAAUUUGGUUUGAUUUAAUUUCUGUUUUCACAGUUAACAUGCAGCUUGAAAAAGCAGUUGAACAAAUGAUCAUGACAAGCAGCUUCAAGAUUCGAGAAGGCAUUGGAUCUCUCAAAAGAAUUGGUGACUUAAUAAAUGAUGCUAGAUGGAGUGAUUUAUUUGAAAAUUCACAGAAAAAUUUGUCAUUCCGUAAUUUUUCAGAUAAUGUUUCAACAAACAUUAAAAUUUACAAUACCAAUAUACAGAACAUCUCAACAAUAUUAGGACAAACAGGAGAUCAUCCGAUGUCCUUACAAAAGUACAAAACAUUUACUAAUUUGUUGAGAGCCCUGUCAGAUUCUCUAAAAUAUGACAAACAUUCACCAUUUGAAGCAUAUUUAUCACAAAGAUAUUUGCAACCAGAUACAUUGAAUAGUCCUAUUUCUCCUUUGUUCGCUCUCAACAAGAUUCCAGAGAUUUCUUUGACAUUUUCCAAUUUGUUGAGAAAUUCAGACAGAAUCAAAUUUUUGGUUAAUUAUGAAUCAUCUAAACUGAAGAAUAUCAUUGAUUCUAAGAUCCUUUUGUUUGACUAUAACUUCCCAAAGUUAACCGAGAAACCAGUUGGUCCAAUGAUGCCUCAAUUACUUCAACAUUUAAGCCAACAUUAUUUGUCAAUGCCAGAUGGUUUCUUUUCAUUUACAAGUCCAGAAAACAUUGUUAUUCCUCAACAUUUCGGAAUCACUGUUAUCUUGGAUGACUUGAUUCCUACAGAUUUAUAUGCUAGAUGCAUGAAUUCGAUGCUUUCCGCUCAUAAUUUGAGUCUUUUAACAAUUGGAUCUUUUACAUCUUUGAAUUCUCCAAAUGAUUUAGAUUCUAUCUUUAGUUUAUGCAGAAAAGAAAAUGCAGUAUUGAUGAUUAUUUAUGAUACUAAUUUACCUUUGUUUGUUGUUGAUUAUUUACAGUUCUAUUCACACAAAAACAAAUUUAACAAUUACUUUAUUUUGACAAAUGAAGAAGAUUCCAAAAACAUUCCUCAUUUCACUUCGAAUUUUUACAUCAGAGUUUCUAAGUUUAUGACAAUGAACGGUGCAACUAAGUUCUUAAGACUCACACCUUAUUAUUUGCGUCUUAAUAACAACAUCGCCAGAGCAAUGCUGUAUUUGUUGUUAGUUUUAGCACAUCGAAAUGAUUUUCCAAUGAAUUUGCAACAAAUAAUGCCAUUUGUUAAUUCUCUUUUGGAGUAUUUCACUCCACCAUUCGGAAGAGACACAAAGAGAAGACAAUUGUGGUGUAAGAUUGCUUCAACAUUGAUUAGCUCAUAUUGCCAAAAUAAUGUUUUGAGUGAUUCAUAUGUUAAUUUGUUUAAUUUCUUCUUUGAGAGCGAAAAGCCGAAAGUUCCUUUCAACAGAAAUGUUUCUCUAGAAACAGAUGCAGCAUUCCAGUCAGACAUUCCUCCAACACCACAAGAAAUGGGAAUGCUAAUUUCGUACGGAGAUUUCAUGGAAAAACAAAUUGUUUGGAAAAAGAAAUCCGAAAUCAAAACAUUCGGAAUUUCAACGCAGAAACAAGGGAAGAAAGCUUUCCUUUAUAAUGCACGAUUUAACAAUGGAUCUGUUUCAACAAAUGGGGACAGGAUUCUCUAUAUUGAUGAAGAAAAAUUUGAUGGAAUCAAAGAUCUCAUUCGAGUUCCGUUAUUCGACAAAGAACACUUAUUCUUAGGCUACGCAUACUUGAAAACAUCAUUAAAUCUCGAACAAUACAAGUAUUGUCCUAUUUUUAUGAUACUAAUUUCUUAA